AUGGUAAUCCGAGACAUAUUGCCUUCCAUCACCACACUAAGUGUACCAUUCGCUUUCGCUGGAGGGCGUGUGAAGGCGGGUGGCCGUGCAACCAUCAUCCGCCUAGCUACUGGAUCUCUCGCAGUGUUUUCACCGGUUGCUCUAACGUCGGUUGUCCUCGAGAAGCUCACCUCCCUCGGCACGGUGCGGUAUAUUAUCGCACCGAACAUGACGCAUCACAUCCAUAUAUCCGAGUGGGUGACAGCCUUUCCCAACGCUAAUGUAAUAUGCGUCGAAGGAUUACCAGAGAAGCGGGAGAAGGACGCCUCCACCAGAGGCAUCACUUUUAGCCAUGUCUUCACGGCCCAGAAUAAAACCACGCUGCGCAUCACAGACGAGUUCGAUGGUGAAUUCGGCGUCGAAUAUGUUGAUGCAGCACCUAAUAAGGACCUCGUUUUCUUGCACAAGCCAACGAGAACGUUGAUUGAGGCGGACUUGCUCUUCAGUCUACCUGCCACUGAACAGUACUCAAAGGUGCCAGAGGGCGUCUCCUCCGGUAUACUUGGCAGAGGAGUCAGCUCGGCAUUCAGCUUGCAGGGGACAAUGGUCUGGCAGAAGAGGGCUUUGUGGUAUGGCGUGGGAUCUAAGAAUCGCCAGAGCUUUGCCGAAUCUUUCAGGAGGGUCUUUGAGUGGGAUUUCGAAAGAAUCAUCCCUUGCCAUGGAAAUGUGAUUGAGACUGAUGCCAAGGCUACCUUGGAACGGGUAACGGAUUUCUUUUUCAAUGAAAAGAACUGA